CAAAACAUCGUCGUUGGAUUCGCGGUUUGCAGUGCUGUGUGUGUGCUUUUGUUUUGCGCGAGAUAUAUUUUCAUUGCCAUUAUUGGCUAGAAACUGCCCAGUCAGCCGCCGACUUUACGCUGUUGUCGUCAGCAUUUUGAAUUCGCGUGUUAUUCCUCAAAGUUGAAAACAAAAAAUAAUAUACAGCGCUGACCUCGCCGAAUUCGUCACCUGGCUUGCAAGUUGCAGAGAAGUUCUGGCGGGUUUCUGUUCGAUUGGAAGCUAACUGUGAAGACACCGGGCUUUUGAGUCAUCGCGAUGGUGGAACGAUUCCUGCCGUGUAGGGUGGUGUUGCCAGUGACGUCACUAGAUCGCGGCUACCUCAAGGACAACCACUACGAUACGGUCUGCGUGAUCGACGGUUCGCAGGUUCCGGAAGAACUGAAAGCAUGUUUCGCUGCUCGUAAAGAUAUCGAUGCGGUAUUUGAUAGCGAGGUUUGUUGUUUCAAAUCUGAUGCGCUCGAUUGUCGUGUCGUUUAUGCUCCAGUUGGUAAGCUGACUGAUUUCGAUGAUGUCCGGCGGUACGCGGAAGCUGCGGGUCGUGCACUAGCUCGGGCAAUUAAGGCCGGUGCCAAGCAACCGUUGCUAGCUGUGCCGACUAACAAGGACUUUGUGGAAGCCGAUUUGGUUUCGGUACUUGGAGCUUUGGCUGAACUGUACGUUCCUUUGCAACUUCGGGAGGAUAUUCCUGAGAAAAAGCAGCGUUUCGAUCAGAUCGGCUUUUACCAUCCGGAUUCAGGUAAACUUACAGCUAUCAUGAAAGAAGCUAAAGCGUUCGAGGCUGGUCGUUUUGUGGCUCGUGACAUCGGUGGUGGGGAUCCGGAACGCAUGGCACCUCCACGUGUUGAGAAGUAUCUAGAUGAAGGUGUCCUGGAUGCAAAUCUCAUCUUCAAAACCGUGAUCUCCGACGAAGCUGUUCUGUUGAAAGAAUACCCUUUGUUUGCUGCAGUGAAUCGUGCAGCCGCGUCCGUCCCGCGUCAUCAGGGACGACUGAUCUUCUUGGAGUACAAAUCGAAUAGCCCUCCAAAGAAGACUCUUAUCCUUGUGGGAAAGGGUGUCACAUAUGACACUGGUGGCGCUGACAUUAAGACUGGUGGUUGCAUGGCUGGCAUGAGCCGAGAUAAGUGUGGGGCGGCUGCCGUGGCUGGAUUUAUGAAGAUUGUAGAGCAGAUGCAACCCCAGGGAGUACAUGUGAUUGGCGUUAUGUGUAUGGUUCGUAAUUCGGUCGGUGAAGAGUGCUACGUAUCCGAUGAGGUCAUUACAUCGAGAGCCGGUGCCCGGGUGCGUGUUAUAAAUACCGAUGCAGAAGGUCGUAUGGCAAUGGCUGAUGCUUUGUGUCAAAUGAAAGAACGUGUGAUCGCAGAAAACAUGCCCGAUGUUCAUAUGUUUACGAUCGCCACGUUGACGGGACAUGCUGUCUUGGCCGUAGGAAAUCACUCCAUCGUUAUGGACAAUGGACCAGCUAGAGCAGCGGGACAUGGAUUGCGUCUGCAGGAACAAGGUGAAAAAAUAGGCGAUCCGUUCGAAAUUUCUAUUCUGAGAAAGGAAGAUUUUGAUUCCCAUGCUGGCGAGUGUUACGGGGAGGAUGUGGUGCAAGCCCAAAAGAUGCCGUCCAGCAAAUCUGUUCGCGGACACCAGAGACCAGUUGCGUUCAUUAUGCUUGCUUCUGGUUUAGAAAAACACGGACUCAAAUCGAAUCGUCCGAUCAAGUACUCCCAUCUCGACAUUGCCGGAAGCUCGGGCGAACUACCCGACCCUCCAACCGGUGCUCCUAUUCUGGCAUUGGCCAGAACACAUUUGCUUCCGUAAUUCUACGCAUCAUCACGUGAGUAAACGCGAACCGAAGAAAGUACUUUUAUGUUUUCCUUAGCUUUAAUCCAAUUCAAAUUGAACAUCACAACGGUACUUAGUCGAAUGGAAAAAAAUGUCUCACAAUAAAACAGCAGACUCUAUUGCAAAUAAAUAAAUACGUCAAACCA